AUGGCGAUAUCAAGUUCGCCAUUUACUGGUUCCACAAAGCCAAGAGCUUUUCACAUGGCCGAUACUUGUUAUCCUGUUGUGGAGGAGGGUGUAUUUGAGCUCGACGUGUUCACUUAUACCACCAUGAUUAGGGGCUUCUACAAAAUAGACAUGAUCCACAGUGCAUUCAAGGUGUUCGAUGAAAUGUGCUAUGCGCCCAAUUCGAUUACUUACAACACUUUGAUUCACAGGUUUUGUAAGAACAGUGAUAUAGAGGGUGCCCAAAGGAUUUUUGAUAGAAUAGUAAAAGUAGGGGGUCAGAGUUAUAAGUCGGAUGUGGUGACUUAUACUACUUUGAUUGAUGGAUAUUCAAAGAAAGGUGAGUUCUGCGAAGCUUUAGAGUGUAUGAAGGAGAUGGUAAAACAGGGUUGUCAUUCAAAUGUGUUAAUUUAUAAUGCGUUGAUUGAAGGCCUUUGCUUGGGUGAGAAUGUGUACGAGGCCAUGAAGAUGAUGACUAGGAUGCGAUUGAAUGGUUUAGAAGACAAUGUUACCACAAACACCGGCAUCAUGAAGGGUUUUUGCAUUGUGGGAAAGUCUGAAGAAGCUAUCAUGCAUUUGAAGAAAAUGGAUGUCGUUUCAGUCCUCUCCAAUGGCAAAGAUGGCCAGAAAAUUAUUUUACGGACCACUAUGAGUCCCGGAGGACAAUUUUAG